AUGAAUUCGACAUGCUUGAUUAUGAAUCAACUUUCAAGUUCAAUUUCGUUGAAAUUUGCAUUGUUUCUCAAUCUUUCUCUGUGUUUUAUCGCGAUUCCAACGUUGUUCUGGGCUCUUUCUAAACUAUCAACUCUACAAUUGCAUCAUAACACAAAAAUUAUAAUGUCUGCACAUUUGUUUGGAUUUUUGUUGCAUUGUUCUGGUAGAGUAGUUCUUCAUUCAUUGGACCUUUUUAAUUACAUAUUUCGUGAUCCAUGUAAUAUGGUACCAUCAAUUUAUCGAUGUUUUGUAUUCCGACUUUUUUAUAAUAUUGGUUUGUGGAUCACAAAUUGCACUGUAUUUCCUUUGAUGAUUGAGAGAAGUAUCGCAACUUAUCGAAAUGGAUCUUAUGAAAAUAGUUCGAAAUUGAUUGGAAUUGGCUGUAUUGUUCUUCAUUUUAUCUUAACUGCUAUCCCAUUAUUGAUAGUAUAUUCGAAUUUGCGAUUUGAAGGUGUUUUCAUGCCUUAUUGUCAAGUUAUCAAACCCGCAUUUCCAACAGUUGCACAACUUAAUGGUGUUGUUUCAACAAUCGUUCAAUUAACAUGCCGAAUUAUUUUCAGUAUUCUAUUCAGAUUGAACCAGGUAUUUUCAGUAAAACACAACUCAAAAUGCACCUUUUCGUCAUUAUGUACUCUAUAGAAUGACAAUCAAAAUAACAUAAUUGCAGUUUAGAUCUAUGAAAUGAAAUAUGAACUUUUCAGAAAUGGCGUCAAAAAAGUUUGGAAGCUAAUUUGUCUACACGAUUCCAGCUUGAACAAAACAUCAAGUAAGACACAAACAUCACUAAAAUAUUGAGAAAAUCGUUUUUAGCACAAUGGAAAUUCUCAAAGUUUUCGCAAACUUGACUACUGUAGUUCAAACCUUCCAAACGGGAAGUUUUUUAUUACUUCUUCACACAUCAAAUUACUUUAACUUGACAAAUGAGAUCUAUAUUUCUUUGAUGGAAAGUGAGUUAUACCUACUAUUAAAAUUGUUUUUUAUUGGAAACUGUGAUUAAUUUUUCAGUAAACGCAAUAUUUCCAUUGUAUGGAAUUGUGACUGUGGCUAUUUUGACAAUGAAAAUUAAAAAGGUGAAACUUUUUAUUGUUUUUUUGAAAAAUUUUUCCCAGGUUGCAAAUAAUUGAGUGGGAACCUUAUAAUUUCUCAUAAUUUAGAUCCGCCUUCGUGUUCGCAGUAUUCUUAAAAAUCACGUCAAAACCGACCCAAACAUCUAUCUCAUUAAUUUUGAUCAACAAAUUGGUUCAGUGAAGCCAAAAAAAAGUUUAACAUCUAAUUUUCUAUGAGUCGUUUUCUAGUGUAUACUUAAACUUAUUAUUUAACACUUUUUUUGUCUUCUUGAUAAAAUAUUUUCUGAUUUGAAAAUGGAUAGUUCUCUAUGUCAAAAUGAAAUGUUUCCAUUGUCGAAGUCAUAUUAUCUCAAGUUUUCAUUAAUUUUCAAUAGUCUUAUUUCAAUUUUUACAAUUCCUUUGCUCAUUUGGACUUCAAAGAUGUUAUGGACAAUGAAAUAUGCAAAAUUAUUCCAUAUUAACUUUAGAAUUAUAAUCCAGAUGCACAUUUUUGGAUUUUUCAUUCAUUGUUUUGGAAGAUUAGUUCUUCAUCUUCUCGAUUUAUACAAUUAUAUUUUUCAAAAUGAAUUCUGCAAUAUGGUUCCGAAUAUUUAUAGAUGUUUCAUAUUCCGAUUUAUGUAUAACUCGGGUCUUUAUAUCACAAAUGCUACAGUAAUUCCUCUAAUAAUUGAGAGAUUUAUAGCGACAAGAAAAAGUCAAAACUAUGAGCAAAAAAGUUUGUUCAUUGGAGUAUGUCUAGCAAUUUUUCAAUUAUUAUUAGCUGCAAUUCCUUUGUCAUUUUUAUAUGCUAAUUUUACUUUUAAAGCAGACAUGUUUUAUUGCGUGGUAAGUCAAAUAAUUUGUACGAAUUGAUCAUUGAUGUUCCAAUUUUGCAGACAGCAAAAGCCUCAAAUCCUCUGACGGGACAAAUAAGUGGACUUAUCGCAAUUUCUGCUCAAAUAUUUAGCAGAAUAUUUUUCACAUAUCUUCUACGAAUCAAUAAAACUGCAAGAAGUCGUGAUCAAAAAUCAUCGCUUUCUCAUCGGUUUCAACUCGAGCAAAACUUGAGUUCAAUCAAUUUUCUCAAAAUAUUUUCAACAUUAUCCUCUUGUUAUCUUAUUUUCCAAAACUCUUGUUUUAUAACCCUUCUGCAUUUUGCUUCAUCAAUGCCUUCAGAAUAUUAUUAUGCCACUACAGAAUGUAAGUUUAUUGAUGAACUUUAAAACUUUUUGGUUAGAAGUAAUUAUUGAAUUAGAAAAGGCCAUGACAUUUAGUUCAAAUUAGGGGGUUAGGUUAGGUUAAUGUUAUUGAAGAAAAUGCACUUCCUUCUGAAGUUCUGUUCAAAAAUAUAAUAUUCCAGUGAAUGCCACGUAUCCUUUGUAUUCGAUAGUUACAAUUUGUCUAAUGUCAAUUUAUAUCCGAAAAAAUCGAACAAAAAUCAACAAUGAACUUUUGGCACACGUUCGAACUGGAAGUGAACACUACUUUUCGCAUCUAAAAAGGAUUUUGGACAAAUAA